AUGUUGUCGAAAGCACGCUCACCAUCGAGAAUUUUACAGUCAGAUGACACAAAGAUCUGUGUUGUCAUGGUUGGCCUUCCGGCCAGAGGCAAGAGUCUCAUAGCCGGAAAGGCGAUGCGGUAUCUUGCCUGGGUUGGCAUUCCCGCUCGGGUGUUCAACGUCGGCAGUUAUCGUCGGCAUAACACACCGCAGCCAUCGGCCAAGUUCUUCGAACCUCACAAUGAGGAAGGGGAGAAAAUGAGGCGAGCUGCCGCUGAGGCUGCAGUAUUCGACAUGCUUGCCUGGUUCCGAAAAGGUCAAGGUGUCGUUGCCAUCCUCGAUGCCACCAAUUCGACCAGGGAACGACGCCAGUGGAUCUAUGAAUCCUGCGAGAAGGAGAAUGUUGAAACCUUGUUCGUCGAGUCGACAUGUGACGAUGAGGAGGUCAUUAUGAACAACAUUCUCGAAGUCAAAACCACGUCUCCGGAUUAUAAGGGUCAGGAUCCCGAGAUGGCUGCGCUCGAUUUCCGCACUCGUAUCCGGAACUACGAGCAGGUUUAUGAAACCAUCGACGAGAACGAGAAGCAUUACACCUAUGUCAAGCUUAUCAAUGUCGGCUCCACCGUCAUAAUCAACCAAAUCAAGGACUAUUUGUCGAGUCGGUUGGUCUACUAUAUCCAGAACCUUCACAUCAAACCGCGCUCGAUUUGGCUUUCUCGUCACGGAGAAUCGGAGUACAAUCUGGUUGGAAAGAUUGGCGGUGAUUCCAGCAUUUCCGAGCGGGGCGAGGCCUACGCCAAAGCUCUCCCUGAACUCAUGCGAAAGUCUGGAUAUCCGCCCAAUACGAAGAUUGUCAUCUGGACUUCGACCUUGAAGCGUACGAUUCAGACUGCUCGUCACCUGGUAGGUCAACCGGGCUUUGGGAAACUGGAAUGGAAGGCACUUGACGAACUUGACUCUGGUGUUUGCGAUGGCCUGACCUACAAGGACAUUGCCGACCAAUACCCCGAGGACUUUGCAGCGCGUGACGAAGACAAGUACAACUACCGUUACCGGGGUGGAGAGUCUUACCGUGAUGUCGUUAUUCGCCUCGAGCCCAUCAUCAUGGAGUUGGAGCGCAGUGAGAACGUCAUUAUCGUCACUCAUCAAGCCGUGCUACGGUGCAUCUAUGCCUACUUCCUCAAUACCCCUCAAGAGCAAAGCCCGUGGAUGGAAGUUCCUCUUCACACGUUGAUCAAGCUCACUCCUCGUGCGUACGGAACAGAAGAGCAGCGCUUCAAGGCCGACAUUCCGGCAGUAUCCACCUGGCGUGGCAAGGGUACUUCUGCACACCACCAGGACAUGUUGUCUGCUUUCACGGCUCGGCCUCUCGUCGAGCUCAAGCAGCGGGACAAAUCCAAGAUCGAAUCGGUCCUCGCAUACGGCGAUCGACUCCUCGUCGGGCUAAACAAUGGCAGUCUACGAAUAUACCGGAUAAAUGAGGUUUCCUACGAUGAGGAGGGUGCCGCCGACACCAACGGUGGAGGACAGCACCAUGGAGGAGGCGAAGGAGAAGGAGGAGAUACAGUCAAGAACGGCGAUAGGCCCGCAACAGCAAGCUCACCUCGGGCCACGACACCAAAGACGAAACCAACCGACCUCCUACGCGAAAUCGAAAAGUUCUCUCGGUACAAGAUCGAGCAACUGGCCCUGAUCAAGGAGGCCAAGCUGCUGGUCUCGUUAUCGGGCGGCUACGUGUCGAUCCACGACCUGCAGACGUACGAAUUGCACGAGCAGCUCAGCAAGACGAAAGGCGCGACGACGUUUGCGAUUACCUCGAAUAUCGUGAAUGAUCCCGAGACUGGCGUUCCGUCGAUUGUGUCUCGGGUUGCGGUCGCUGUUAAAAGGAAGAUACUCCUGUGGACAUGGCGGGAUAUGGAGCCCGAGAAGGACACUGCGGAGAUGGUUCUGGUUAGUGGGAUUAAGACGCUUACUUGGAUCUCUGGGGCGAAGCUGGUAGCUGGUCUUGGGUCGAAUUUCGUCAUGGUGGAUCUUGAGAGCUCUUCGGUCACGGAGCUUGUUGGGCCGGGGAGUAUUGGGGGCUUGGGUGGUCAGGAGACUGGGAGGUUGGCUGGUGUUGGGGCUGCUAGUAUGAGUUACAUUGGGAUGAGUGGGAUGGGUCCGAAGCCUCUCUCUACGAGACUCAACGAAGGGCAGAUACUGCUGGCAAAGGACAUCAACACUCAUUUCAUCGACACUGAUGGCAAUUCGUUGGGUCGCAGGCAGAUUCCGUGGAGCCAUGCACCGGCGGAUAUCGGAUACACAUAUCCAUUUCUACUUGCGCUUCAUGAUGCGUCCAAGGGUGUGCUGGAGGUGAGGAAUCCGGAAACUCAGUCGUUGCUUCAGUCCGUCUCGCUGCCAUCGGCCAAUCUCAUGCAUAUCCCCCAGCCUACGAUCAGCCUGGCCCAUGCCGGAAAAGGAUUCUUGAUUGCUAGUGAUCGGGUUAUCUGGAGGAUGGAAGCUCUGAGCUACGACACGCAGAUCGACACCCUAGUUGAGAAAGGGUAUCUGGACGAGGCAAUCAGUUUGCUUGUUAUGCUCGAGGAUGCACUUUUAAAGGAUAAACCCAGCCGGCUACGCCAAAUUAAACUCGAAAAGGCCGAGGGUCUGUUCAACGUCAGGAAAUAUCGGCAAGCGAUGGACCUAUUUACGGAGGUUUCGGCUCCUCCGGAGACGGUCAUCAGACUCUAUCCUAAGUUGAUUGCUGGCGAUCUCUCCAUCAUCGUCGAAGAGGAAGAAUCCGAGGAUAGCGGAUCGGAAGGUUCACCCAAGCCGAAUGAGAACCAGAAUAAUGCGACUUCCGAGGAUGCUAUAAGCCCUACCAGACUGACGCAUGCUCCAUCUAUGAGGUCCAUCCUCCGAACAAGGACUGACGGCUUCGAUGAUGCGGGUAGCAUCCGUAGCAAGCCUGUUGAGGAGGACAAGCGUCUUGAAGGAAAGGAUCUCAAACUUGCCGUUCGCGAACUCCAGGCGUAUCUUGCUGAUGUCCGAAGGAGGUUUCAGCGAUUCCUCAAUCCUGAUGGAUCACUCAAGAUCCCGGAUCCGCCAACUAAUGCUGCAGAUGAUGAGUUUACUGAUUCUGUCGUGAAACUGCUCGGCUUCCCACGAGACGAGCGAGAGGAAGCUUUCGCCGAGAAACUUCGAGAAAAGGCAAGACUCGUGGACACAACUCUUUUCCGGGCACACAUGUUUGCGACACCCUCCUUGGCCGGCUCGCUAUUCCGCAUCGCGAACUUCUGUGAUCCUGACGUCGUAAUGGAGCGGCUAGAAGAAACCGGCCGUUACAACGACCUCAUCGACUUCCUCUAUGGCAAAAGGAUGCAUCGUCAAGCCCUCGAGCUCCUGCGCAAAUUCGGCCAAGCAGAAACAGAGGACGAGUCAGCCCCGCAACUCCAUGGACCCAAGAGAUUGGUCGGGUAUCUACAGAACCUGCCUCCAGCGAAGAUCGAACUCAUUCUCGAGUUUGCGGAGUGGCCUGUGCGAGAGGAUCCUGAACUGGGGAUGGAGAUUUUCGUGGCAGACACUGAAAAUGCAGAGACGUUACCCCGACACCAGGUGCUGGAGUUUCUCGAGAAGAUUGAUAUUGCUCUGGCUGUCCAGUACCUCGAGCAUAUUAUUGGGGAGUUGAACGAUACCACGCCGGAUUUGCACUUUAAACUAUUGCUUCUUUACUUGGAUCGUCUGAACAAAGGGGAGUUUGCGAGUGACGACGACCGCGACGAGUGGCGGAACAGAUUCCUGGAGACGCUCAGAUCGAGUUCGCAAUAUUCACCGGCUAAGAUGCUCGAUCGGCUGGAUCGGAAUGAUCCCGAGUUCUUCGAAGCGAGAGCCAUCGUGUUUAGCAAGAUGGGACAGCAUAAACAGGCUUUGGAGAUCUACGUGUUCAAACUUCAAGACUAUGCCAAAGCAGAAGAAUACUGUAACCACGUCCACAAGGAGGACACGGCCGCGAAAGAAGCUACCUCCGAGGGAGAAAAGGACGAACAAGCAAAAGAUGAACACUCGUCUAUCCAUCUGACAUUAUUAGGUCUCUACCUCACCCCGCCCUAUGGAAAUAAACCACAAUAUGGACCCGCACUCGACAUACUCGCCAAGCACGGAUCCCGUCUCCCUCCUAGCUCCGCCUUGGACCUCAUCCCCGAAUCACUACCGGUCAAAGAACUAGAGUUCUACUUCAAAGGUCGUAUGCGAGCCGCCAAUUCCAAGUUCAACGAGUCCAGAAUUGCGACGAAUUUGCAGAAGGUCCAGAACGUAAAGGCACAGGCGCAGUUGCUGGUUGGCGAGGGUAUUGACCCGAAGUCUUCGCGGUCGAGGCAUGUUACUGUGACGGAGGAGAGGAUCUGUGGAAUAUGCCACAAGCGGCUUGGGGGGAGUGUGAUUAAUGUGUUUCCAGAGUAA